GUGCGUGCUGUGGAGCAGUACGUGCUGACGCAUGACGCACAGCUUUUCUCGCCCCGUCUGCCUCUCGGAGCCGUCACACAUUCUUUGGCUUUCAAGGUCUCUGGACACACCUAGGCCAAUAACCAUGUCUGACUUCUCUGAAGAUCAACUCAGUGAGUACAAGGAGUCGUUCCUGCUAUUUGACAGGACUGGAGAUGGAAAGAUCAGCUAUAGCCAGUGUGGAGAUGUCAUGCGCGCCCUGGGGCAGAACCCUGUCAACGCGGAGGUGGCCAAAGUCCUGGGCAACCCCAAGGCCGAGGAGAUGAACACCAAAAUGUUGGACUUUGAGCAAUUUUUGCCUAUGUUCCUCGCCAUCGCCAAGAACAAAGAUCAAGGUUGCAUGGAAGAUUAUGUUGAGGGAUUGCGUGUCUUUGACAAGGAAGGCAACGGAACAGUAAUGGGGGCUGAGCUCCGCCAUGUUCUCACCACACUAGGUGAGAAAAUGACAGAGGAGGAGGUGGAGCUUCUCUUGGCAGGACAUGAAGAUGCAAAUGGCUGCAUCAAUUAUGAAGCAUUUGUCCGUCACAUCUUGUCAGGCUGAGGCCGGUACGGGCAUUGGGUAUAUCAUGAAACUGGUCAGGACGGUCAUGAGCGGCUGAAGAUGACAAGUCUUACAUUUUAGUACUUCUUUGCAUUUACCCUUUUUAAGUCACAUCAUAAACCCUUUAUACAUUUCCAAAUAUUCAUACUUUCACUUAAUUUAAGUGCCUUGACAUUCCCUAGGUCACAAACUGACCUCACAAAACAUGUCUUUAUCCUGUGUGCUUGUUUUGUUUCAGUAACGGGGGCAACACUUUCUACUCGUACAAUUUUAAUAACAUGCUGUAGUUAGAACUACCUUUUGUGUCUUUAGAUAAUAGGUCUAUGUACAGUAGUAGUUACCUGCCGUUUCACAGGCAAACUGGUACAAAAAAUUAUAUUAUUGUAGGUUUAUACUGUUAAAGCCAUACAAUCAUGAUGCAUUUCAAAGAAAGCUCCAAUUUUAAUUCACCCAAAUAUUUUUCUGCAUUUAAAUAAAUGUGUCUUGAAAACCAA